UUAAGCCUCUCAGUUAACUGUGUCUAGAGAAUAAGACUUUUGUCCUUCCCGUAUAAAUGAACAUCGCUUGAUCUUCUCUCACCGUUUCACCUCCAAACCAAGCUUGAUCACAGCAACCACAUCUCUGCUUUGAAUCCUGUGUAAAAAUGCACACCAGUUUUGAUGGGAAGGUAGAUGUAGAGUUUGAUUUCUGGGGUGCAAGUGAAACCCAAUAUUACAGUAAUGAUAGAGGUGCUAGUGAAGUAGAGUUUCAAGCACAGGUUGAAGAAGACUUUGUUGAUUACUCACUACCCUUAUGGAAAACAGAUAUGUCAAGAAACGUUAGAAAUGAAUCCUCUCCCUUACUUCCCCGUGGCCAUCAUUACAGUAAUAUUUCGCCGAGGUCUCGGCUACAAGUGAUGGCAGAAGGUAGGAGGAAGCUCAUGGAGAUUGUUCAUAGCAUGCCAGAAUCUAGUUAUGAACUGUCUUUAAAGGAUAUUGUUGAUGAGCAGCAGAUUUCUGAAGGGGCACAGGACGAGAUGCCGAAGCAAAGGACGAUUUCUGAUUUCAAGUCUGAGGCUGAAAUCAUCAAGAAACAGAAGACGAAGAAACCAAAGAGUUUCAGUAAGAUGGGUAAUAUUUCAAGAAGUACAAGCAUGGAAAAGGAAAAGUUCUUGAUCAAGAUGUUCAUUCCAACUUCUCUCAGUUUCAAGAUCAGAGACAACACAAGAACUGGCUCAAAAGUUCUUCCAAGGUCAUCGAUGGAACUAACUGUUAACCGUGAAGAUAAGAAGUGGUGGAUCAAAGGGAUUUUGUUUAAAGGAGAAUGUAAGAACAGUGGAAAGAACAGCAGCACAAGAACCAGUAGCAGCAAUAGCAGCACACGCACUAGUGGCAGCAAAAGCAGGUAUGACAAUAUGGAGGCCUUGCCAAGUUGCUGGCCUUUUUUCCGCACUAAGAAAAGCAGGAGGACAAGACUCGAAGGACACAUCUUCUAAACCGGGGAUCCAAUGCGAUGAUUUUUGUAAUGGUGUCCGUAUUAGCCUCAGAAUAAGAUAAAUUAUUCUGAGAUAGUGAGAUUGUUCUUCAAAGAACACAUCAGAACAUAGUUUUUAAAGAGUCAAGGGGUUUCACUGCCAGAAGAUUGAAUUCACUAGAACGUGUUUGCAGAUAGUAAGCAACAGCACAAGCAGACAUCAACUUAUCUCUUACAAAUUACUCUCUAGUCUCGUAGAUAUGUGCCACCCUUUUAUAUAAAAUCCCUCUAGAUUAUACUCAGGAAGGUUGCCCUUCUAGAUUAUCAUGUAUUGCCGCCUUGUUGUUCUUUAGAUGCUUUUUGAUAGCUCACCUGAUUUUAACAUUUGUUCUUUAGAAUUUGGUUUUUGAUAUUUCACCAGAUUUUGACA